AGGGACAGGGACAGCCCGGCAGGGACAGGGACAGGAACAGCCCGGCAGGGACAGGGACAGGGACAGCGACAGCCCGGCAGGGACAGGGACAGGAAAAGCCCGGCAGGGACAGGGACAGGGACAGCGACAGCCCGGCAGGGACAGGGACAGGAAAAGCCCGGCAGGGACAGGGACAGGGACAGGGACAGGGACAGGGACAGGGACAGGGACAGGGACAGGGACAGGGACAGCCCGGCCCCGGCCCCGGCCCGAGAUGAGCCCGGCCCUGCUUCUGCUCCUGCUCCUCUCCUGUCCCCUCUCCUGGUGUCAGCAGAGAAGGAUCGAUCCCAGCCGGCCCCUCCAAAGCGCCGCCGCCCGCAGAGAUCCGGCCUUCAGCAGGAACCCCGGGAAUUCCCUGGGAGCAGGAGGAGAGGUCGGGCCAGAAAUGCUGCAAGAAAUGAGGGAAACCAACAGGGUGCUGCUGGAAGUUCGGGAUUUGCUGAAGCAGCAGAUCAAGGAGAUCACAUUCCUGAAGAACACGGUCAUGGAGUGCGACGCCUGCGGGAUGCGGCCGGAGGUGACGGGCCCGGUGAUCACCAUGACCCAGUUCAACCGCUGCGUGCCCAGCCCCUGCUUCCCGGGCGUGCCGUGCACCGAGAGCGGCGGCGCCUUCCGCUGCGGGCCCUGCCCCGCCGGCUACACCGGCAACGGCACCCACUGCACCGACAUCAACGAGUGCAAUGCCAACCCCUGCUUCCCCAAAGUCCAGUGCAUCAACACCAACCCCGGCUUCCGCUGCGACCCCUGCCCGCCCGGCUUCACCGGGCCGCCGCUGGAGGGGGUGGGCAUGGCCUUCGCCAGGGCCAACAAGCAGGUGUGCACCGACAUCAACGAGUGCGAGACCGGGGCUGCCACGAACUGCGUCCCCAACUCCAUCUGCAUCAACACCCGGGGCUCCUACAAAUGCGGGGCCUGCAAGCCGGGCUUUGUGGGCGACCAGAUCAGCGGCUGCCGGAGCCAGACGGCGCCGGGGACACGGCGCUGCCCCAACGGCGAGAUCAGCCCGUGCCACGAGAAAGCCGAGUGCAUCGUGGAGAGGGACGGCUCCCUGUCCUGCCAGUGCCUGGUGGGCUGGGCAGGGAACGGCUACGUGUGCGGGAAGGACACGGACAUCGACGGCGUCCCCGACGAGAAGCAGCGCUGCUCCGACAAGAAAUGCCGCAAGGACAACUGCGUGACCGUGCCCAACUCGGGCCAGGAGGACGCGGACAGGGACGGCAUCGGGGACGCCUGCGACGACGACGCCGACGGCGACGGGAUCCCCAACGCUGAGGACAACUGCGUGUACACGAGGAACGCGGACCAGCGCAACCAGGACAGGGACAACUUCGGGGACGCGUGCGACAACUGCCGGCAGGUGAAGAACAACGACCAGAGGGACAUCGACGGCGACGGCCGCGGCGACGAGUGCGACGACGACAUGGACGGCGACGGGAUCAAAAACCCCAUGGACAACUGCAGGAGGGUGCCCAACCCCGACCAGAGGGACAGCGACGGGGACGGCGUGGGGGACGCCUGUGACAGCUGCCCCACCCUCAGCAACCCUGACCAGAAAGACACUGACCACGAUCUGGUGGGGGAUGUCUGUGACACCAACCAGGACAGCGACGGCGACGGGCACCAGGACUCGCGGGACAACUGCCCCACAGUGCCCAACAGCUCGCAGGUGGACACGGACGGUGACGGCCGCGGCGACGAAUGCGACGAUGACGAUGACGACGACGGCAUCCCCGACUUCCGCCCGCCCGGGCCCGAUAACUGCAGGCUGGUGCCCAACCCCGGCCAGGAGGACUCGGAUGGGGACGGCGUGGGGAACCUGUGUGAGGACGACUUCGACAGGGACAUGGUGAUCGACAGGAUCGACGUCUGCCCCGAGAACGCGCAGGUGACGCUCACAGACUUCAGGGCCUUCCAGACCGUGGUGCUGGACCCCGAGGGGGACGCUCAGAUCGACCCCAACUGGAUCGUCCUCAACCAGGGCAUGGAGAUUGUCCAGACCAUGAACAGCGACCCCGGCCUGGCUGUAGGGUACACGGCCUUCAACGGCGUCGACUUCGAGGGCACCUUCCACGUCAACACGGCCACGGACGACGACUACGCCGGCUUCAUCUUCGGCUACCAGGACAGCUCCAGCUUCUACGUGGUGAUGUGGAAGCAGAUGGAGCAGACGUACUGGCAGGCAAACCCCUUCCGGGCCGUGGCGGAGCCGGGCAUCCAGCUGAAGGCAGUGAAAUCCAAAACGGGCCCUGGGGAGUACCUGAGGAAUUCCCUGUGGCACACGGGGGACACCACGGACCAGGUGAAGCUGCUCUGGAAGGAUCCCCGGAAUUCCGGCUGGAAGGACAAGACCUCCUACCGCUGGUUCCUGCAGCACCGGCCCCAGGUCGGCUACAUCAGGGCUCGGUUCUACGAAGGCCCCGAGGUCGUGGCAGACACCGGGGUUGUCCUGGACACCACCAUGAGAGGGGGGCGCCUCGGGGUGUUCUGCUUCUCCCAGGAGAACAUCAUCUGGUCCAACCUCCGCUACCGCUGCAACGACACCAUCCCGGAGGACUACGAGACGUUCCGGGUGCAGCAGGACUGAUCCCCUGGAGCCCUCAGCCCGUCCUGCCCGCACACCCCGCCCCUGCUCUGGAACCCAGCCCCGAGCGCUGCCGGCACCUCCCAGCGCCCUCCCAGCCUCCAGCUCCCCUCCCCAGCAGCAAAUCCCAGAACGGCUCCCGGAUCCUGUGGCAGGGCAGAGGUGGGCACGGGGAGCGUGGGCAGCAGCCGGAGCUGCCGGGGGCUCCCCGCAGCAGCCGCGAUGGUUUUGGAGGAAGUUUGGCGUGGACGAUUCCCAGGAAUCUCCUCCCUGCUCGAGGCUCCCGGGCGUGAAUUGUUCUUCUCCAGACCUGCUGCAAACCCAGCAGAGCCUGGGAAGGACGCGCGGAACAGCCCCGGCACAAGUUGCUCAUUUUAAUAAAGGAAAAAGCACUUUAAGGAGAGAAUCUUUGUUCUGGAAUGUUGGAUAAUAAACACUUGGAAUGUUGGAUAAUAAAUUCUAGAUUUCUCC